AUGGCAUCCUGGUUAUAUGAAUGUCUUUGUGAAGCUGAACUUGCACAGUAUUAUCCUCAUUUUACUGCUCUCGGCCUUCAGAAAAUAGAUGAAUUAGCCAAGGUUACAAUGAAGGACUACUCCAAAUUGGGAGUCCGUGACAUGAAUGACCGCAAGCGUCUCUUCCAACUUAUCAAAAUUAUUAAGAUUAUGCAGGAAGAAGAUAAAGCAGUCAGUAGCCCAGAGUAUCCUCUUCAGACAAGUGGUCUGUAUAUCAAGCCUCCAAAAUCCAGCUUGGGCCCUCGCAGGCAACUGCAUUUUGAUUCUCCUGUUGACAACAAAGACAAAGCUGCCAGCAACUGUGGGUUUGAAAUGUGCAAUUUAUCAGAUUUUUCUGCAAAUGAACAGAAGUCCAGUUGCCUAAAAUCGCUGGAGCACAUGCUACCAGAUGAUUCCCAGUACCAUACAAAGACAAGAAUUCUGAACGCCACAGCUGCUGAUUCCUAUGUGCAAAUGGAAAUGAACGCUUCACUCUUUUCAUCAAAUCAUUUUUCUCCAUUACUGGGGGAUGGUGAUAUUCCCAUUAUACAAAAAGUCUCUAAUGUUUCAGGGUAUAACUAUGGAAUCCCUCAUUCUUGUAUCAGACAGAAUAUCUCAGAGAAAGAGAAUCCUUGGACUGAAAUGGAGAAAAUCAGAGUUUGUGUUCGAAAACGACCUCUGGGUAUGAGGGAGUUACGUCGUGGAGAAAUUAACAUUAUUACUGUGGAAGGCAAAGAAACUCUACUUGUGCAUGAGAAAAAAGAAGCAGUUGACCUCACACAGUAUAUUCUGCAGCAUGUUUUUUAUUUUGAUGAAGUCUUUGGUGAAGCGUGCACCAAUCGGGAUAUAUAUAUGAAGACCACUCAUCCACUCAUUCAACAUAUUUUCAAUGGAGGCAAUGCCACUUGCUUUGCAUAUGGACAGACAGGUGCUGGGAAGACCUACACCAUGAUAGGAACCCAUCAGAACCCAGGAUUGUACGCUUUGGCAGCCAAAGAUAUCUUCAGACACCUAGAAGUGUCCCAGCCAAGAAGACACUUCUUUGUGUGGAUCAGCUUCUAUGAAAUCUACUGUGGACAGCUUUAUGACCUCCUAAAUCGAAGAAAAAGGCUCUUCGCAAGAGAAGAUAGCAAGCACGUGGUACAGAUAGUAGGACUUCGAGAGCUUCAGGUGGACAGUGUGGAUCUCCUUUUAGAGGUGAUCUUAAAGGGCAGCAAGGAACGCAGCACUGGGGCCACUGGAGUUAAUGCAGAUUCCUCCCGCUCCCAUGCUAUCAUCCAAAUUCAGAUCAAAGAUUCAGCCAAGAGGACGUUUGGCAGGAUCUCUUUUAUUGACUUGGCUGGCAGUGAAAGAGCAGCAGAUGCCAGAGACUCAGAUAGACAGACAAAGAUGGAAGGCGCAGAAAUAAACCAGAGUCUUCUGGCUUUGAAGGAAUGUAUCCGAGCAUUGGAUCAAGAACAUACCCACACUCCUUUCAGGCAAAGCAAGCUAACUCAGGUCCUGAAGGACUCUUUCAUUGGUGAUGCCAAAACCUGCAUGAUUGCCAACAUCUCACCAAGCCACAUGGCCACUGAGCACACUCUGAAUACUUUACGCUAUGCUGACCGGGUGAAAGAACUAAAGAAAGGUCUGAAAUGCUGUGCCGCAGCCACCAGUCGAAAUCGGACAUCUGGAAACUCCUCUCCAAAACGCAUUCAGAGCUCCCCUGUGGCUCUGCCAGGGGACAAGUGCUCUCCCAAGAAAGUCAAGCUCGGACUCCAGCCAUCACUCUCAGCAGCAUCUGGUUCCUCGCGCGGGAAGGCUCAGCCUCUGGCUGCCCACCCACCCAACAUCCCAUUUGCUUCUGCUUUACCUAAAGCCCCUGGUAAAAAGGGUGGCUCCAGAGGAAGUCCUCCCCAAGAGUGGGUCAUUCAGACUAGCCCUGUCAAAGGAUCCACGGCGCCUGGGCAUUUGGUCAAAAAAAAGGCGGAAGAUUCAGCACCAUCAUGCUCUGAGAAAAAUCAAAUCAGCAACAAAACUGUCCUAGGGUGGGGAGGCAGGACCCCUAGCCCAGGAGAAGGCCUGGUGCGUGGGAAGCAGCCUGCCAAGUGCAAGAAAGUGCAAACCGUGCAGCCGGUGCAGAAGCAGCUUGUGUCCCGGGGGGAGCUCUCCUUUGGGGACAUCCACCACUUAGCAGAGUCCAGUCAGGACAGCAAGGGAGGCCCACUGGCCAGGCCUGCCUCUGAAGCUUGGACAAAUAUCCCUCCACACCAGAAGGAGAGGGAGGAACAUUUGCGCUUUUAUCACCAGCAAUUUCAGCAGCCACCUCUCCUCCAACAGAAAUUAAAGUACCAACCACUAGAAAGACUUUUAUGCCAGCACAGGCCCCAGGGAGGUCAGCUCGUGAAUGAGACCUCCCCUCCAUCCCGCUCUUAUUCUGAGAGCCAUGACGGGGCCCAAGCUGAAGACCUUGAUGACAGUGAUUUCAGUGAAGAUUCAUUUUCACAUGUCUCCAGUCAGAGGACCACAAAGCAAAGAAACACCUUAGAGAACAGCGAGGACUCAUUCUUUCUUCAUCAGAGGGAGCAGAAUCCUGUGGAGCAGGUAGCCGGGAGGCCGCAGAGUCUGUGUUUUCACCCCAAGACAGAUGGGGACGAGAAGGACUUACCUAGGAGCUGGACGUGCUCCAGUGACCCCACAAGACCCCGAACAGCAGUGCCCGGUCCUGGCUGCAGCUCCGGUCAGGUGCUCUUGGACUGGAGCAGAGAGGACUCCAGUUCCUCAGUGAUUUCCCCCAGGGGCAGCCUGGCUGAGAAGCCUUACUGCUCACAGGUAGAUUUUGUGUGGACCCCAAAACUCAGGGGAGAUGCAGCAUUGGAUCUCAGAAAUAAGAUUCCAGGGCAGGCUGAGGGCAGCUCACCAUCACCAGAAGAGGACAGUUUCAUUGUGUCACUGUCCCACAUCGCUGUACCUGGGUCCCCAGACCAAGGAGACAUCGUCAGCACACCUCUGAGAGCACUCAGCGAAGACAGCCUGGCUCUAGUGACCAGAACCGUGAAAAAUAAUGACCCUUUCCAAGAAGACUCUGGGGGAGAAUCGGGUACAUGCUCUGAAUAUGCUUCUGGGCUGAUGGCUCCCCUCUCUGUAUCCCUCCUGGAGAACCCAGACGAUGUGGGCUCGCCUCCCUUGGGGCAAGUGGCAGAUGGCACAGGAGGGUUAGUUGUGGGCCCCACAGCGUCACCCAGUGAUCAGGAGGCAGUUCUACCAGUGGCUUCGGCAGCUGGGUACCUGUGGCUCUCGUCAUCUCCCCCUGACAACAAGCCUGGUGCUCAUCUUCCAGCUCUGUCCCCAUCCCCCAUCCAUCAGCACCCACCUGACAAGCUGCCCAUCAAGGAUGCUGAACUGGCAGAGGCCUGCCAGGGCAGAGAGACUGCACUCUUCUCUCAGGACCACACCAGUAGUGAGCAGUAUGAUGCUGACGGCGAGGAGACAGAACUGGGUGGGGCCUGGAGUUUCUCAGGAAAGCCCUUCCCCACCAUACACACUGGGAGGUCUCACUCUGGGCCUCCACUCACCCCACGGACAGGAAGUAGUGAUGUGGCAGACCAGCCCUGGGUCCAGGAGAGAAAGCCUCUUGCAGGGCAGAGUUGGCAGGAGCUGACUUUAUCUACACACCCCAUCAAGUUCUACACGGAUAAGCACAAGCUGAGUCCGAGGUGCUUAGCAAGGCCAGGUUCUGCCCUGGCCCCCAGCUGCUCUACCAAGAUUGCAGGGACUCCCCACGAGCCCACCCUGGGGCAAGCACAGCAGGUGGUGAUCCAAGCACACCAAGAACAGCUGGAUGAAAUGGCUGAGCUGGGCUUUAAGGAGGAGACCUUGAUGAGUCAGAUGGCUUCCAAUGAUUUUGAAGAUUUUGUGACUCAGUUGGAUGAAAUCAUGGCUCUGAAAUCCAAGUGCAUCCAGAGCCUGAGGAGUCAGCUACAGCUGUACCUGGCUUGCCACAGGCCACCUGCAGCCCCUGAGAGGGCAGUGGGCUCAUUUGGGUCUAAUAACCAAGUUGAUGUUUCUGAAUUUGGUGAUCAGAGAAGGGAGUUCUCAGUGCUGGAGGCCAGAGGUCACAAACUGGGGAAAGCAACUGUCAACAGAAUUGUUUUUCUUUGA